GUGGGAUGCAGAAGAUCUGAAAUCCCUCUCCCGCUCUCCGCGCUCCACUAAUACCCCAUCGCAUCACUCGCGGGCUAGAUCAGAGGAGGAGCAUAACAGGGAUAUUUAUCCAGUCAGUGGUGUGUUAUUCACGGGCAUCUCCGUACCUUCGUCUGUUUGCCGGCCACCAAGCCCCACAUUGGAGACUUAUGUUUAUCAUCUUUCGGUAUUGGCGGAACGGAACGGAAGGGAUUUUUGAAGGGAGCUUGCCUACUGUAUGUUUACAGACGUGGAGUAUUUGGUGAAUCUGGAAUUAUCACUUGAGUCUAGAUUGGGCAAUUGCUUUGGGCAUUUUGGUUGUUGUAUUUGUGCAUGAGUGAAGAUGUCAUUUAACUUCUGAGUAUAGAGGGUAGGAGCUGAAUACUGACAACAGAGGGAGGCUGCAGACGCAGACGGCGUUCGCUCUUGCUGUUCUUUGUAGAGACCCUAAAAAUGCAUAGAUGACACAAUUUAAUCUGUGGAAACCAUACUACUAAAAUUCUUUUAGAAGGAAGAAAACGUACCUAGCUUGUUUGUUUGGGAGGUUUAUGUGUGAGAGGAAAGGACUCAUCAUGAAGCCAUCAAUAGCAAUUUGGAAAUCAAAACUCUUACUUUUAAUAAUCAUUGCCCUGUCAUGGCAAACAGCAAUGUCAAUUCGUUUCCUCGGGACUGAGAACACAUUCGCACGAUAUGAGGAGUGGAACAGGACGGUCAACGGAACUCUCAAAUUUGAAUUCAAGACGGAGAGGAGAGAUGCAUUACUGCUCUACACAGACGAUGGGGGCACGGGGUCAAAGUUCUUCUUAGAGCUGGUCUUGGAGAAUGCACAGUUACAAUUACGCUUCCGCAUCAGGAACAAAGCUAGGACAAUAAUCAUCGGGGAAGAAUUGAGUUCAAAUACAUGGCACAAAGUCACACUGAUGAAAAGCCCCGAGGAGUGUGUUAUUAUCUUGAACGGGGAGAGAAAAUCUGGAGCCAUUCCUGAUGGUCAGGCAUCUCUUACCGGCAGUUCAGAUUUGUUUAUUGGUGGUGUCCCACGUAUUUUGCCUCUCACCUACAUCUCUCAUCCGGAGGUCAAAUUUCUGAAUCGCUUUGAAGGGCACGUUCGAAAUCUAGUGUACCUGGUGAGCGAGCGACCCAAAAGAUGGUACCGACCUGAAUCUAUGGCAGCGAAUGGCAUCGAUGAAGACCCUUCUGAUCUGUGUGGCAGUGAUGACUUCUGCAGGAACCAAGGAUUAUGUGUCAGCUCUGAUGCAGAUGCAGAGUGUGAUUGCUCUGGAACAGGCUACACAGGUCUCACUUGUGAAACACCACUCAUACCCCAAACACAAUCUGAAGAAGCACCUGAUGAAAAAGAAGGUAAAACGGCCACGUCAGCUACCUUUGAUGGGAAUACCUACAUCAGCUACAGUCUCAUCAAGAAGAAGAUCUCCAAUAAUCGUGAUGAAGUCCUCUUUGAGUUCAGGACCCAGUCCCCAGCGGGUCUGAUCCUGAGUGUAGGGGAGGAGUAUGACUACAUCUACGCUGCUAUGAAUGGAGGCAGGAUUGAGAUAGCUAUUAAUCUCGGAUCAGGAGAGUAUAGAGAGUUUAUCACAGCCAGGAGAGGACAAAGUGGAUUCAUUGAUAAUGAGUGGCAUAAAGUUAGGAUUACCAGGGAGAAUACAGAGGUAACAAUAAGAGUGGAUGAGAGUAUCAUGGCAACUGGGAACACAGAGGGGGAUUUCAUGCGCCUCGGGGCCACCAGGGAGUUUCUGGUAGGGGGUGCAGCCAAUCCAGAGCUGGUACCUGGAUACAGAGAGGUGUCACAGAACUUCAGAGGCAAUCUCAGAGAUGUUGUUUACAACGGUGAAGACUUUAUGCUUGAGCUUCUUGAGUUGGCUAUCAGUGGCGAUGACUUCACUCAGGUCUUUGGUGAUAUCACCUUCACAACAGAAGAUGUGGAUGCUAUCGAUCCUAUCACUUUCCUCAGUGAAGAAUCCUUCCUUCUUCUUCCAAAAUGGAUGGCAAAGACGGAGGGGACGCUUUCCCUGAGCUUCCGAACCAACGAGCCAUCGGGCGUGAUCAUGUACAACCGAGGUGCUGAUCACAUCACAGACUUCUUUGCUCUGGAGUUGAUGGAUGGCUAUCUGCACCUGAUCCUAGAUCUGGGAUCUGGAUCUAUUCGCUAUAGGGCCGAUUCUCUCCCGCUCAAUGAUGGUCUCUGGCAUUCAGUCCUGCUCUAUAGGCAUCAUAAUAGAGGAACACUACAGAUUGACAAUGAAGACCCAGGCAAGUUUAACGUUGGAGGUACAAGUAAGCAUCUCAACCUGGUGGACCAUCUGGUGCUUGGAGGAAUCGAUUUUGUGAACGAUUCUAACUUCCUACCAAUGGACCUGUACAGUGGGGCAUUGCGGAGGGGCUACGUAGGGUGUCUCAAGAACCUGGUCCUACAGGGGACCUCCAUUGAUCUUCCUAGCUAUGCUCUAAGACAACAUACUGGUAAUGAGAUUGGAGUCUACUGCAGGGAUGAAGAAGGGCAGUGUCCCAGCACCCCUUGUAGUCAUGAAGGAACAUGCACGGAAGGCUGGAACAGGUAUAUCUGUGAUUGUCGUAUAACUGGCUAUACGGGAAAGACAUGUGACGAAGAGGUAGCACGACUGUCAUUCAAUGGUAACCAGUACAUGCGCAUCACGGUGUCAGCAAACUCCCGUAGCAAGGUAGAAGACAUCUUCCUCAGGUUCCGCACACGCUUCCCGGACGGCCUCCUGGUAGCAACCUCAUCCGAUAACGUGAUUGACAUGCUGAUGGUGGAGGUGAAGCAAGGUUUGAUACGAGUGAUCACCAACUACGGUAUUGGUCAGACGAUGAUCACCGCAGGACACGGUCUGGAUGAUAAUCGAUGGCAUGCAGUCCAUGUCCAGCGGCGAGAUGACCGUCUCAUGGUCACUGUGGAUAAUACUGACAGAGCAGAAGCAUUUAACAUAACGUAUGGAGUGAGUGAAAACUUCCAGAGUGGAAUCCUUGAUUAUCAUUACAUCGAGGUUGGGGGUGUUGCAAAUCGGGAGAGCAUGCCGGACAACCCUUUAAACUUCGUCGGUCACAUGGAGCAGUUCCUGUACAACAACCAACCAUACUUUGACAUGGCUAAGGCACGGGAUCUGGACUACAUCAGAUUGAAUGCAACGUUUGGUGAGAAGAUGAGUCAGAGGCCAAAGGUCAAUCCCUUCACCUUCAGAACAAAAGAAGUCUUCGUCCAACUGGAGACACCCGACUCCUAUCCAGCCCUGACGCUCUUCUUUCACUUCAAGACCACGGAAUCCAAUGGUCUGCUGCUCUACAGCAGCGGUGGCCGUACUGACUUCAUCUCUGUUGGUCUAGUGGAGGGUCAGAUACAGUACGCCUUCAACAUGGGGGCCGGACCAGUCAAGAUCCACGCCAACACGCCCCACAUGCUCAAUGACAACAAAUGGCACGAAGUCUCCGUCUCAAAGAACAGUGGAGGUCGACAUGUCCUGCAAGUGGAUAACUCGAUGAGUAUUGCUCAACCGUCACCCAAGGCAAGACAUCUGGACCUGACUGAGAAUCUCUAUGUGGGCGGCGUAUCUACAGAUAUGUACGAGGAUCUACAGAGCGGGGUGGAGGCCAGAGUUGGCUUCCAGGGCUGCUUUGCAUCUCUAGAAGUCAAUGGCAGGAAACAGGAUCUGGAGGACUCGGCCAUCAGCAUUGAGAUGGACAAAUCCAACCUCAAACGUGGCUGUGAAGAUAAUGGUGACCUAUGCCUAGCUGAUGUAUGUGCUAAUGGAGGGUUAUGUAUUCCAGGCUGGAAUGGGUAUAGUUGUGAUUGCAGGAUGACCAGCUUCUCAGGGGUCAAUUGCUCGGGAGUGAGUACAUCAUUUGGUUAUGGAACCGGUGGUGGUGUCAUCUCCUUGGAGAUCCCUGAGUCUCAAUGGUUACGGACUGAUCAUGAUGAUCUGAGUAUGGGUAUGGCUACCAGGUCAGCGAAUGCCAUCAUAGCUCGUAUUGACAGUGCUACGUCUGAUGACUACAUCGAAAUGGAACUGGUCAAUGGUUAUCUGUGGACCAUGUACAACUUUGGAUCAGCCGAUCACAUGAUCAGUGACGACACCAAUCGCAUCAACGAUGGCUCCUAUCAUGUGAUCCAUUUCUCAAGGACUGGGGCCAAUGCGUCUCUACAGAUAGACCAGUAUGCUCGUAUUCAUAAGACACCGAAAGGCAAACAGUCUACAUUCUUUGACGAUCAGGCGAUAAUCAACCUCGGCGGACGCGGAGAAAUGAGCGACAGCAAACGGAAAAGAAGAAGAAGAGCACCCGCCUCGUCUCAGUUUGAAGGCAUGAUGUCCGGUCUCUCAUACAACGACAUGAGAGUCCUAGAUAUGGCAGCGUCAGAUGACCCACGUGUCGUACUCAGCGGGAACGUAGGUGAGCUUGAGAAUCCAGAGAAUUACAUCUAUGGGACACCGAUACCAACAACGUCAGAUGAGAGUACCAUCUACCGCAUCACUACCACCAGGAAGACCCCAGUAUUACCCCCCAUUCUCAAUGUAUCUAGUACAGCUAAUUCAGAUCUCACAUCUCCUACAAAGAUUACAAUGUCAAUAGCCCCGACUUCUGAUGGUGAAUAUACACCUGAUGAUCAAGACAUUAUUUUUGUGACUGGAUCAGGAUGUAUGUCAGAUGUACCUGAGGACUGCACUCCACAAGCAGCAGUAACUCCCAGAGGUGAGGAUAUCUUUGUACCAGGAGAGACAAUGAGUACACCCCCUCCUGACAAGCCUGGUGCUCCCGUCACCACCGAGUCUGCUUCACCCAUGUCCCCUCAGCCCCUUCCCCCUUCCAGCACGGAGCCAGGAUCAGGAUGUGACGAUGAUGACGAGGAUUGUAUGACUGCAUCAGGAGAGAACUCAGGCACCAAGCCAAGCCCUACCAAAGACUUCACUUUCACCCCCGUGGAUGCUACUGGGGUAACGGUAGCAGGAUCCACACCCCAAUCAGGUGCCAGCCAGGGUAACAAUGGUUUUGAUUUCUUGGGUGAAGCUGGGCUGGUAGUGGGUGCCGUCUCCGCAGCUGCCGUUAUAUUCAUCCUCGUCAUCCUCGCCAUCUACAAAUUCAAGAAUCGCAAUGAAGGCUCGUACCAGAUCAACGAGAGUCGGAAUUAUGACUAUGAAGCGACGCGCACCUCCCUCUUACCCGCGACAGCCACAAACGGUACCCUACCAUCAAAACCAAAACCUUCAUUACCACCAGAGUAUGCGACAAAAGAAUGGUAUGUCUAGCA